AUGACAAAAGGUAAAAAGGGCAAAAACAAAGAAUAUGAGGAAAACAAUUCACAGAAAAAAGGAAAAAAAACCAAUACUACUGUAGUAGAUUCUUCUUAUGAGGAAUUAAUGAAAGGAGAAAGAUAUGGGAGAGAUGAAAAGGCAAAAAGAUUUUAUGAACGUGCAAUCGAAAUGUACAAAAAUGCUCACGAGAAAAAUCCAAACGAUGCUGAUAGCUUAUACAAUUGGGGACGUGUACUUUAUAUUCUUGUUGAUUUCGCAUCUCACAAUAAUGUCGACGUUACUAUUACACAAAAAUUAGAUCUUCUUGAUGAAUCAAUUGAUAAAUUUAGAAAAGCGUUGAGUAUAGAUGCCAAUAAUGCUGAUGCUUUAUUUAAUUUAGCACAGGCAUUAACAACUAAAGCAGAAUUUAUAGAAGAUCAAGAUGAAACUUAUAAGGCUGCUGAUCUGUUAAAAGAGGCCAUACAAGCAUUCGAUCGAGUUUAUGUUUUACAAAUUAAAGAAUUAGAAGAGAAUAAUUGUGGCAUUGAGGAACAUGAUGAUACUAAUAAUAAUGGUGGUGAUGGUAGUGGCAAUGAAAAUUUAAAAGGAUCAACAGAGACCGAGACAAUUACAGAAAUAAUUCCAGUGACAAAAUCGACCAUUAUAGAUACUUUAAUUGCUAAUUCAAAAGCUCUUGUAUUCUUGGGUUCUAUUAUUAGUGAUCACGAAUCGAUUGAAUCUUAUUACACGGAAGCAAUUAAAAGGUUAGAGAAGGCGUCAAGUUUUGUUGAACCAUCAACAUCAUCAGAAUCGAUGACGAAUAUACAACUUCAAUGGGCAGAGCUUUUUUCAUCACAAGCUGAACGUGUUUUCCAAGAAACAGGGAAUGUGCAACAACAUCUUUAUGAAAAAGCAAUUCAAAAAUUGGAUAAAGUUAUUACUGAAUUAGAUAAAGAGAAUGCUGAAGCGUUAUGUGAUCGUGAGCUUUAUUCAAAUUCUAUAAAAUCUUUUGAAUCUGCCUUAUUCAUUGAACCAAAGAAUAUUUCAAUACUUCAAAAGUUAGCAUAUUUAAAUCAUAUGAAUGAAUCAUUAUUAUUACCUUUUUAUCAAAAACAUCAUCAACAAGGAAUUAAUAAUGGUUAUAUUAAAGCUGUGGAUUAUUAUAAACAAGCUUUAGAUAUCAAUAAAGAUUCAUUGGAAACUUAUUUAUUUUAUGCGCUAGAGUUAAGUCAUCUACCGAAUAAAGAACAUGAAAUUGAUGAAUGUUUGAAAGAAUUUGAAAGAAGAGGUGGUUCAAAAGAAAUAAUAAUAAAAUGGCAAAUUGAUAAUGAAGAAUUAUUAAAUUCAAGUGAUAUAAGUAAAGGCUUUGUUCAAACAAUUCAAAAAUUCAAUGCAUGA